AUGGCUAAUAAAUUUAUUCUAGUUCCUGAAGAAAUUUAUAAAGGUUUGACAACCCAAGAUACAGGGGAGCCAAACUUGGAUUUUAUUCGUCAAGGUCUAGAGAAAACAAAAUUGAAAAGGGAGACACCUAGUGCAAAAAAUGUACACUAUAAUCAGGAGCUUAGGCGAUAUUUGCAAUUAAGAAAUGAACAACAAAAUAGACCGGUUAAGGUGGAAAUGGUUGCUAGUCCAAAGGGUGCAAUUAUGAAUACUACAGCCUCCCUUCCGGCUUCAAAUAUUGGGGAAGACGACGAUAAUAUAUGGAUGAGUGAUGAUAUGUCCUUUAGUUCGUAUCCAAAAGAGACACCAUCUUAUAACAUUAUACCACCUAUCCUACCAGAUAUUAAGCCUGCAAUUACAUUAAAACCAAAAAAAUCUACUACUUAUUACAAACCCCCGAAAAGAAAAAGAGGUGAAGAGGAGAUAGGUAGCAAUAAAAGAAGACCUUUGAUAGAUUACGAAAUCAAACCAAUUAAAAAAGAAAUAGGUGAUGAUGUACCAUAA